ACCAAACGAAACGCAUCUCAACUGUCUAACAAAACAAGAUUUGACAAAGUGUUAAAAAAUUUGAAAAAAAAAAAAUUACAAUACAAUAAUCAUGUACAAUUUGAUAAAAAGUCGCACACUCUCCGACUACUUAAAGAAGCCAAUGCCGCCAAAUUCUUUGAAUAAUGGCGGCAAAACAAACAAUUCCGUGGGUAAUACCAACAAUCCGGCCGGAAAUCUAAGUCCUGUUGCCGAAGAAUGUGUGCCGCAUCCAAAGAACAAAGAGCGUACGCUCGUUGAGGAUUUGGCCAAAAUAAAUAAACUGUUCGAGUAUCUGGAGGCUUCAGCUACGGACGAUAUGGAUUUAGAUAAUUCAACUGUCGAGGAUGUGGGAAAGGAAAGUUUAUCGAAUACGGUGCAGGCAUGGAAAGAAGUUCCCAAUAUAAAAAAUAAAUAUUUUAUCGGAGAACAGGUGCCUGUGAUGGAUACUUCCGACUUUAUGCUUAUUUCUCGCAACAAGGCAAAGAAGACUUUGCGUGCCAGGCAAAUGCGUCUUGAGCAGGAAAGAAAGGUGGCUCUGGAAGCCGCGAAAUUGACCGAACAAAAAGGCAUGGGGGAUCCUUCUUCGGUUCCAGGCAACGAUAGCAACGAUAAUGAAGCCCAGCCAGUUGUGCAUCUGUCUCGUUCGCCCAUCAAAUAUUCUAUGGAUGAACGCACUGGAGUCAAUCGCAUGCGAGCCACCAAAAAGAAGCAGAUCGAGCGUGCUCUUUUCUCUGAGAAUUCGAUGCAAUUGGAUCAGGAGCAGAUGCAACUAGCUGUCGAAGAAGACGAAAACCAAAAGGCUGACGGUCCGGUGGCCGCUUUGACUCACAAAAGAUAUAUACCCACCCACAAGGAAUGGGAAGAGCAGCGUCGUCUUAAAGCCGAAAACUCGCAAACCACAGUGGACCAGAUGACUCCGGCCACCACGAUGACCGCCAAAAGAUACAUACCCACCACCAAGGAAUGGGACGAACAGCGUCGUUUCAAGCUUAAGGCCAAGAUGGAAACUAAAAAGAACGCCACUUCGGCCAAUUCAACUAACGAACUUGGGGCGGAGAAACGCAAAGGGAAUAGCACUCAUUAUGGAGCAAAUAUUGAUUGGACAAACUUAACUCGUACAAAUAAUAAUUUUCAAAAGAUGGCAAGUCAGCCAAUGCCAAUUGAAGGCGAGCAGAAAGAUCGUCAAGUGAAGAAAGGAAAUGUUAUACGUUAUACUAUUGAUGAAUUGCUGAAGUUGGAACCGCAACCAGACGAUCUUGAUGUGCCUGCUGAAGUUGCCUUGAUUGAUAAAAAGUUACUGAAGGGCAAUUAAUAUGAUAACCACGCACAAUUCUACGCAACUUGUUGGGCUUACAUUUUGAUUCGAUUUAUAUUCGAUUUGGAUCAGUUUCUAUUUGUAAUUUGUAUUCUACCAACCUAUGUAUUUUUUAUUACUUAAAUUUGUCAUUCUAAAUAAUAAAAAAUAUCAUUGUUAGCCC